UUAUACUACAUAUUAUAGUACUUUUGUUUAUUAAUAUCAAGUUGCAAAAUCAGGUUAAUUACUUAUAAUCACGAGGUUAUGAUUAUACUAAAAAUGGCUAUUUGAUUAAGUUGCCGUCAAAUCUAUCUAUACUAUAAAAAAAUCCUUUUGUCCCUUAUUGAGUGAUUUGUCACAAAUCGUAAAUUGUCAAAAAACAAAGGAAUGUAUUUAUGACACUGGAUGUCGCAUUUAUGUCCCACUAUUUUCUGGAACAUUCUAGAAUAUUAACGACAUUUUACCUACAUCUCUUCUCUUAAUACUAUAAAGCCAGUAACUGAUCCUAAGCUAUAUUAUUAAUUUAACCAAUAUUAAAUACAUAUUUCUGUAGUUAUGGAUAAAAUAUUAAAUUGGUCUCUUGCCCAUCAAUCAGGUGAUGAAGAAGCCAUUAAGAGAGUGGGUGAUUUAGACCCUAAAAUGCUUGAACAAUUAUUUGGUGGACCUGAUGAACCAACUUUAAUGAAACAAGCAAUUAUGAUAAUUAAUGCUGAUGCAGCAACACUUGAAAAUAAAGAAAUUGCCUUUGAUAAUUUUGAAAUGCUUAUAGAAAAUUUAGAUAAUGCCAAUAAUAUAGAAAAUAUGAAAUUAUGGCCAUCAAUAAUACUGCAAUUAUCUUCAAAUAUUGCUCCAUCAUUAAGAUUAUAUGCAGCUUCAGUUAUUGCAAUAGCUGUUCAAAAUAAUCCAAAUGCUCAAGAAGCCUUUAAUAAAACAGAUGGAUUAGAAAAAUUAAUUAAUAUUGCAUCAGAUGAUGAAACUUCAAAAGAUUUAUUAUUAAAAGUUUUAUUAGCUUUAUCAUCUUUAAUAAGAAAUUAUGAACCUGGUUAUAGAAAAUUUAAUGAAUUAGAUGGUUGGAAAAUUAUAACUGCUAUAAAAAAUGAAAAUUUACAAGAUCAUAAAGUUAAAUUAAGAGUAUUAUCAGUUAUAUCAUCUGUUUUAUCUACCGGUUUAUCAGCUGAAAAGCAAGUUCAAUUACAUGAACAUAAAUUAAUUGAUUAUUUAGUAUCAAUAUUAGAUAAAGAUGGUCAUUCAGGUUGUAUAGAUAAAGCUUUAAAUAUUGUAUCUCAGUUAUCAGGUGAAGGAUAUCAAUUUACUGCCAAUGAAAUAGCUGAUUUGGCUCAAGGUUUAGAAAAUGUUCAACAUUUAAAGGAAACUUUAUCGACAGAUGAUUAUGAUGCUGCAAAAAAAAUCAUUGGUUAAUUAUCUUAUCAUUCCUUGUAAAUAUAUAUAUAUUUAUUUUAUUUUUCAUUAAUAUGUACAUUAUAAUUAAUUUAUUAUCAUUAUGAUUCAUUAA